AUGGAGAAAACAAACAAGGUUCUAUGGGAAGAGGUAGAGGACGACGAUGAGAACUUAGAUUUCUUGCUUCCGGCGAAGCAAGUGAUCGGACCUGACGAGAAUGGUAACAAGACAGUGAUUGAGUACAAGUUCAACGACGAGGGCAAAACGGUCAAAGUCACCACCAGGACACGUGUCCACAAGGGAUGGGCUGGAGAUAAACCGAUCACGGUACGGCGUCGUACAUGGGCUAAGUUCGGCGACGCCGUCAAAGAUGAUGCUAGUAGUGUCGGCUACACAACGGUUUCGAAGGAAUGCGUCUUCUUGGAACGACCCCAGGAUCUUUCCGGUACCAAACCGGAAGAAACAAAGGCACAUUCGGAUUUGGGUAAACCCGGUUCGGUCCUGAUGAUAUGUAGGAAUUGCGGUAAGAGAGGUGAGCACUGGACAGCGAGAUGUCCUAUGAGUAAUCAUUCCUCGACAGAUCAAGUGGAAGCAUCUACUUCUGCUGUUACUAACAACUCUAGUUCUUAUGUCCCACCAAACAUGAGAGGAGUAAGUAUAGCUGUUUCAGACACGAGGAGGAGGAGGAACGACGAGAACUCUUUACGUGUGACUAACUUGUCUGAAGACACUCGUGAACCGGAUCUGAUGGAUUUGUUUGGUACGUUUGGUGCUGUGUCUAGAGCCUAUGUGGUCUUUGACCAGAAUACCGGAGUAAGCAGAGGCUUUGGUUUUGUCAACUUCAUGAGCAGAGAAGACGCCCAGAGAGCAAUUAACAACUUGGAUGGUUAUGGGUAUGAUAAUCUCAUCCUUAGGGUCGAAUGGGCCACUCCUAGAUCCAACUAG